AUGUCUCUAGAUAGCAGCUUUGAAAAUUUAGAAUAAUUUAUGUUUCCCUCCUUUAAUGAAAUUCAAAAUGAGGAUUAAAAGGAGGGCCAAUACGUUCUAGACCCAAUUGGUUAAGAGUUGGAUUAAAACCCAUUACUCGAAAAUCCGCUUAAUCAUGGGAAAACUUAUCGAUAAUUGUUUGAAAUUGUGUAAAGAUUAAAUGACAUUAAUUGGGUGGAACCUUAUUCUAAAAUCACUCCUAUAAAGCACUUUACUCCAAUAACCUUCUGGUUUCUUAUUAGUUCUCAAUACUUUUAAAAAGAGGUAGAUCCUAAAAGCAUAAAGAAGAAUUUCAAGUGGAUUAGGAUAAAGAGUCUCGUCCUUAUACAAACAUAGUAAUCUUUAAUCUAAGAUAGAUGGUUAAAAGAAUUAUAACCCAAAAAUGAUUUGGAAUCAUUACAAACUAAAAUUGAACAUCAAUUACUCGAGACCAGAAGACAAUUGAGAAAUUAGAUAGAUGCGAUUUAGAUUGAAAAGCCCAUCUUACAGAUAUAAAAUUAACCCGAUUUUAUUUUGAAAGAUCUAGUUGGAUUGACUGAUGUUGAAAAUCAAUAUCUGACCCAUCUUGAGAGCCAAUAAAAGUAUAUAUAGAAUCACCAUAUUGCUAGAAUAUACGAUGAACAAAUAAUUAAUUAAUCAAAACAAUCCAAUUUGGCUGGAACUGCUAGGAAAUUAUAAAAUGUCUACAAUAAUUGUUAAAUUUGCAAUCAAGGAGCGAGAACUCUAGAAUCUUUAUUAAUAUGUUAGAAAUGUCAAAUAAAAGUUCAUUAGAAGUGUUAUGGUCUUGAAAACAUCAUAAACAACUGGAUUUGUGAUUUGUGUUUGAAUUUUGGAAGUAAAGGCAAAUUUUUGAAAUGUCCACUUUGUCCCAAGUUAGGAGGAGCUAUGCGUUAGACAACGUUGGCAAUGAAGGAUUCAAUAUUUGAGCAAUCAAAUCCUAACUAUCAUAGUUAUGCAAUGAACAAUAGAAUUGAUAGACAAAAACCUCCUCCUGAUGGAGAGGAAGGAUAUAAUUUCAUGAUUUUAUAGUACUCUUUAGAUAACAUGGUUGGAGAAACUCCAAAUUCCGAGAAAAUAUGGGCUCAUGUUUCCUGUAUGCUUUGGUUGGAUUUUGAUUUACUGAAAAUUGAUAAGAGAAAGUUUAAUUGUUUAUGCAGUAUUUGCAAAACAAAAAAGACUGGAGCUUGCAUUUAUUGUGCCAAAUAAAAAUGUGGAAUUGCAUUUCAUCCUGAAUGUGCAAGAAGAUCAUAAAUUUAUAUGGAAACUGAUGAGAUCUUCUGUUUCAAACAUCAACCUCUAAAAAUAAAGAGAAUAUUUGAAGAUUAACACAAUCUAUGGAAGGAAGAGAUCUACUAUUUUUUCAAGCAAUACGAAAAAUUAGAAUAAUAUUUGGCUCAUAAACCAAAGAACAAUGAUUUGGAAUUUGAAAAAUUUUAAAUAAAAGUGUAACAAGAAGAAAUAGAAGCUGAUAUUAAAUUAGAGAAUGAGUAGCUAUUUUAAAAAAUUACUGAAAUAAUGGAAUAGGAUGAAAAAUUCAUUAUUACAAUUGAAAAGAACUAAGUUACUGAUAUCUAAUAUCCGUUGAAAAGAUUGUCCAUAUACGAUUUGGAAGAAAAGGAUAGGAUUUGGUAGUAAUUGGCUAAUGAGAAGUACUCUUCAUAAUAAGCCUAUGUUCUGUAUCAAAGAGCAAUGAGAAUGAGAAAGAAGAAGAAGUUAUCAAAUACUCUCUCUCAAUUAUAGAUGAGAAAUACUUAAGAAUUACCUAAUAGGAAGAGACACUCAAUUUAUUCAAGACCCAAGAUCUUUAAACAUCAUAAAAAAUAACAAAAGAUGAAUGGGUCAAAUAAUAUUUCACUGAAAAUUAAAAUACCUAAAGAAGCAUUCAGUCUACAAUAUUGCAUUUGCAAAUAAUAGAAUGAGAAUGAAGAAAUGAUGUGUAUUGUAUUAUUAAUCAUAUUAGAAUGUGAGAUAUGUUCGGAAUGGUAUCAUCUAAGUUGUUUGGGAUUUCUAGGGAGCAUAGAGGAAGCACAAAAGCUAUUGUUCUAUUGUUUUAAAUGUGAAUAGAAACUCAAUAAAGAACAAAGCAAAUAUAAGAGGAGAUACAAUCAAUAUUUUGGUGAUGCAACAUUUCGAGAUUUGAAAUUGAAGAUUGGCAUGUCUCCACAUGAAUUAAGAACACACGAGAAAAAGAACUACAAAUAGUUGUCUAAAUGA